AGCCAAUAAAAUGGAAGGGGUAGACGCAGUUCUUCUUGAACCACAGCAUCGGUUCUGUCAUUCAUGUCGGGGGCAUGUGUGGGGGACAAUUUGUGGGUGUGUCACUCCUCCGUACACUGAAUUUAAGAAAUAUACCACCUUGCCGUACAUCGAAAAUCAAAAGUACACUUUCGGAAGCAAGUACACCUCCAGGGAGGACCAAGGCGAGUUCAUCUUUGUCCAGACCAAGAAAAACCCCGGAAAUUUGGCCGAAAUUACAUGUUCAGGGGGAAAUUACUGGAUCACACCAGCCGGCAAACGAGUUGUUUUUGUCAAUGAUAACCCGUUGGAGAAAAACUGUCGCACGAGACUCAACUAUGGAGACAAGAUCGCUUUACUUGGCAAAGUUCGACCGAGACGUGGACCGGGGCUUGCGACUAAACCUGAAUCUCUUGAUGGAUUCUUUGUAAUUAAAGAAGGUUAUCGCGCUAUUGGAUGGCAAGAGGGAGAGGAUGAUUCGUGCACGUCAGAGGACGAGGAUCCAAGAAUGUCAGAUGACGAAAAUUCGAACAUGUCAGAUGACGAGGAGAACGUAGCCGCCUUCAAGGCGUUACUAUCUUAAUAAUAUGGAAAUUGCAAUUAUUUUGCAAUUUUCAACCAAUUGGAAAAUUGGGGUCAGAAAUCAAGGCAGCGGCCAAACUCUAGUUCAAAAUUAUUUUAAAAAUUAUUUCCAGUCAUUUUAAACCAAAGGUUCAGUCACAACAUGAAUAUAUCAAAAUUUGCAAAAAAUUCGCACAUUUUGGCAUUUAUCUCGAAAACUGGCUAAGCGCCCCCUAUUUUUAUUACGGAUUAUUGAUCUACUCAAUUUUACGCAACUUUUAAGGUAUCUAACUUGAAAAUCGUUAGAGCGCGAAAAAAACACUAUUUCAUUGUAUAUAUCUAUCUUAAAAAUAGAAAAACGUGCAAUUGUCAAAAAAUUUUGAAUAAAAAAUUACACUGUUGAAUACACA